CAGAUGGGCAAGAACCAAGAAAACAAUAAUCACCUCCACCUAGCUCCUUGCUCAACCAUGAGCACCAAAAGGACAUGGAAGCAGCUCCUCAUGCUCCAUCUUCUCACUCAUAUCCUAUUCCUUUUCGUCGCAUCCAGCUCUCAAACUACCAACAAUGAAACUGCCAGCAGCGGCGAUCUUUCGGUCCUGCUGUCGAUCAAAUCCUUCAUCACCAGUGACCCUACGGGGGCACUGUCCUCUUGGUCAUGGGACCGUCCCGGUGCUGGUGCUGGCGCUGGCAAUGGUACCAGCAGCACGAACACGAAGGUGCCUGGUUUCUGCAAAUGGAUGGGCGUGUCCUGCAGCGACCACCAGCACCCCGACCGUGUCACUGCCAUACGCCUGCAUGGCUUCGGCCUGGUCGGCACCAUCUGCCCGCAGCUCGGUAACCUGACCCGUCUCCGUGUACUCAACCUUUCAACAAACAGCCUGGGAGGUGAGAUCCCAGGCAGCAUCGGCCGCUGUGCAUCACUUGGCGUCGUGGACCUGAUGGAGAACCACCUCUCUGGUUCCAUGCCUUCUUCUCUGGGUCUCCUUUCAAAGCUCACAUUUCUCAACCUUACCCAUAACAAUCUGACUGGUGAUAUUCCCAUGUCGUUCUCCAACCUCACGUCCCUCACAAGCCUUGACAUGAAGAUCAACUACUUCCAUGGCCAAAUCCCAAGAUGGCUGGGCAACCUGACUUCAUUGACACACUUAGGAUUAACCCAGAACGGCUUCACUGGCCAUAUCCCUCCAGAUCUUGGUAAGAUGUCUAAUCUUGAUACAUUUGAUGUCAUGGAUAACAAACUUGAAGGCCCUUUUCCUCCAUCCAUGUUCAAUAUUUCUUCCAUCACAAACAUAAACGUCGGCUUCAACCAGCUAACAGGAUCUCUGCCGCUUGAUAUUGGCUUUAAGCUUCCCAAGCUAAGUGUUUUGGCCACACAUGUGAACCAAUUCCAAGGACCAAUACCAGCCUCCUUGUCAAAUGCAUCCGCACUUAAAUGUUUGCUUCUUAGUGGAAACUUGUAUCAUGGUCCGAUUCCACGGGACAUUGGCAUCCAUGGUCGUUUGAUGGUAUUUUUGGUAGGGGACAAUUUGCUUCAAACCACAGAGCCUAAGGAUUGGGAUUUCCUCACAUCCUUAACCAACUGUAGUAACUUGGAGUUGCUAAGCCUUGACGAAAACAAUCUUGAAGGGGUUAUGCCAGUUACUAUUGCCAACCUAUCUGCAGAGCUCAAAUGGAUUGAACUAGGUAAGAACAACAUAACUGGGACCAUACCUGCAGGUUUAAGCAAGUUUCAAAACCUUGAAAUCCUCUCCCUGCAGCAGUGCCUCUUCACAGGCACCUUGCCUCUGGAUAUUGGCCAAAUUCCUAGCCUUCAGUAUCUUGACCUAUCCCAUAGCAGAUUUCAUGGGCAGAUUCCACAAUCAUUAGGCAAUAUCACGCAAUUGAGCAACCUCUUUCUAUCUAAUAACUUUCUGGAUGGCAGCAUCCCAGCAAGCCUUGGUAAUCUCACAGUGCUUACAUCUCUGGAUCUUUCUGGUAACUCCUUGAGGGGGGAAAUCCCAGCGGAGGUACUUAGCAUCCCCUCCCUGACCAAACUUCUCAACCUCUCCAACAAUGCUCUGAUUGGCUCCAUCCCAACUCGGAUAGGACGAUUGAGCACCCUCGGCAAAAUCGACCUAUCCAUGAACAAGCUAUCUGGUGAAAUCCCGGAAGCUCUCAGCAGUUGCGUCCAACUGAAUUGCCUAUACUUGCAAGGAAAUCUUUUGCAAGGGCAAAUCCCAAAAGGUUUGUCUUCUUUGAGGGGCCUUGAAAAGUUGGAUCUUUCUAGAAACAACUUAGGAGGGGCCAUACCUGAGUUCCUCGAGAACUUCAACCUUCUAACGUAUCUAAACCUCUCUUUCAACAACCUAUCUGGUCCCGUGCCAAAUGCAGGGAUUUUCCGCAACGCCACUGUAUUGUUGCUCCGUGGCAAUAGCAUGCUAUGCGGAGGUCCCUCGUCCUUGCAACUCCCUCCAUGCCCAGAUAUUGGUUCCAACCAUGCUUCGCAGAAGCAUCGUCUUUGGGUCAUACUCAUUUGCAUGGUUGGAACUUUGAUCUUCAUGUGCUCCCUAACUGCAUGCUACUUGAUGAAGACGAGAAUCAAACCAAAUAGUGUCGAUCAAGAAACCGGAUUUCACAAUGAGAAGCAUGAGAGGAUAUCCUAUGCGGAGAUAGAUGAAGCAACAGAGUCCUUCUCACCAGCAAAUUUGAUUGGUUCCGGCAGCUUUGGCGAUGUGUACAUUGGAACUCUGAAUCUUGAUGAGAGUUUAUACACCGUAGCAAUCAAAGUUCUCAAUCUUGCCAAACGAGGAGCUAACAGAAGCUUCUUGAGGGAGUGUGAAGCCCUGAGGAAGAUCCGACACCGGAAACUUGUCAAGGUGAUUACUGUGUGCAGCAGUUUGGACCGUAAUGGCGAUGAGUUCAAGGCACUUGUCCUAGAAUUUAUCUGCAAUGGGAACUUAGAUGAGUGGCUGCAUCCAAACACAGAGAACAGCAUGACCUUUAGAAGGCUAAGUCUGAUGGAAAGGUUGUGCAUUGCUCUUGAUGUUGCAGAGGCACUGGAAUAUCUUCACCACCAAAUCGAGCCACCCAUAGUUCACUGCGAUAUCAAACCAUCCAACAUCCUUCUAGAUGAUGACAUUGUUGCGCAUGUUGCUGACUUUGGUCUAGCAAAGAUAAUGCAUACUGAAGCAUGCAAGGAAAGUGGCGGUGCGACUGAAAGCAGCACACUUGUGAUUAAAGGCACAAUUGGAUACGUCGCACCAGAAUAUGGCUCAGGAUCUGAAGCCUCCACAGCUGGUGAUGUAUAUAGCUACGGGGUAUUGCUAUUGGAAAUGUUUACUGGAAGAAGGCCAACUGACUGUUUCAGAGAUGGCGCGACAAGUCUUGUCAACUAUGUCAAGAUGGCCUAUCCUGAUACUCUACUGGAAGUAUUAGAUGCUAGUGCAACCUACAGCGGGAACCCGCAACGUAUCAUAGACAUAUUCUUACAUCCUAUGUUUAAGAUUGGCCUAGCUUGCUGUGAGGAUUCCCCAAGGCACAGAAUGAAGAUGAACGAUGUAGUCAAGGAGCUGAAUGCCAUAAAGAAGGUUACUGCUUUGAUUCCAGUGGCUAAUGAAAAACAGUGCUUCGAGUUUUUGGGUACUUCUGGAUAUAAACCCAAUGGUUAUCAAGUUUAUAUACCCAUAACGCCCGCAAUCUUGGUCAUUGGUUCUUGGGGGUAUGAACUUUUUAGUCAUCCAGCGACUAGUUGA